CUCGACAAUUUCUAGAGUGCACGCUCCGUACCAACACGCCAGAAGCGAAAAACUCGCGGCGAUGGCAGAGCCGUCCACGCCCGACGCAGGUCCUGAUCAUGCACCGCCGUCUCUUCCGCCCGGAUGGAUUGCGCAGUGGGAUGCGAAAUCGCGGAAGUACUACUUUGUUCAAAUAAGCACCGGCGAGUCGACCUGGGACGUACCACAAAUGGCUGCCCCCAAUGUCCCGACACCUGGAAGCACACCUGCAGGCCAGAGUCCAUUUCCUAACCCAGACGAGAGUUCACGAGGGGUUGGAGGUCAAGAAGGCGAUAGGAGCUUGAGCAGUUCAUUACUGAAUAGCGUUCUCGGCGGCAACAAGCAGAGCUCUGGAGGACUUGGAGGUCUGGCGUCGUCAGUGCUUGGAGGUGGCUCGCAUAGCAGUUCCAAUCAAGGCCAUGGAAGCUCGAGCGGUCUAGGAGGAAUCGCAUCGUCUUUCCUAGGUGGUUCUUCUCACGGUGGAUCUGGUUCUGGCGGACAACAUGGUUCAUCGGGCGGUCUUGGUGGAAUGGCAUCCUCCUUCCUCGGUGGGUCUUCUACACAUGGCAGUUCUGGCCAGAGUGGCUCUUCUGGACAUUCGAGCGGCGGUCUCGGUGGCCUAAUGGACCAUAUACUGGCCAAGCACCGCCAGCGUCUUACCAACCUGCAGGGCAGCAAGGAGGAUAUCAACCACAAUCUGGAAGCUACAAUCCUCCCGGGCAUCAGCAAACGCCGCAGCACCAGCAGCAAGCUCAAAAUUCCUAUGGACAGCAGUCUGGACACCAGCAAGGACUCGGCCACGACCCAUCGCAGCAAUAUGGUCAGCAAUCGCAUUAUGGCCAAGCGCCAUCGCAUCAGCAAACUGGUGGCUAUGGAAGCGCACCUCCAAGCCAACAACCAACGCCACAAAAUCAGUACGGCCAGCAACAGCAAGGCGGAUACAAUCAAUUCUCGCCGCCGCCAAACCAACACCAAGGUGGUUAUGGAACUCCCGGCUAUGAUCAGCAAGGCGGAUACGGGUCGCACCAAAACUACGGCGGGCAGCAAUCGUAUCCACCUCCACCACAGCACGGAGGCCCACAACACGGAGCUCCUCAUGACCAGGGUGGAUAUCAGGCUUACAGCGCACCUCAGCAGCAAGGCUAUGGCGGCGGCGGCGGCUAUGGAGGCCAAUAUCAAUCACCACCGCCAAAUCCUGGCUGGAGAUAGAAUCGUGAACGAUGGGAUGUGCUGCAUUUUGCAUAUGGAGGGAAUCUGAUGUAUGACCUGGUCCAAGACUUUGAUACCGUGGACAGACUGGUCAGAGGUCCAGAGAGACCAAAGCGCAGUUGGACCACCGACGCAAGCCCAGUGUUGCUGGCAAGGAAGGUCCGAGAGCAAAGGCAGGGUGACUCUCCAUUUUGAAUGAACACUGGAAGAAGAAGCAGGAGGGAGCUAGAUGACUCUCGUUGAUGGAUAUUCUGUGUACUUGAUUUGGUUCGUUCUCUGACUGCAUGAGCGGUUGCUAGAAAAUGAUUCCGUUGAACAAG